CCUGUAAAUGGACACAUGCGUUAAAUACCUAAUUUUGUUCAUAUUAUAUCUUGUGUACAUAGGCUAGCUUGUUACGUAAUAAUGAGAAUGAAGCAUUGUCUCCAAAAGAGAUGCAAAGACAGAUUGGAGAAUUAUUGAAAGGGAAUGCAGGACUCGCUGAAGCUCAUUACUUGAGUUAUUUGAAUAAUCUUCGGAUCAAUGAAUUCUGCAACACUAUCCAUGAAUUGUAUCGAUAUUCUGACAAACAUGCCUUCUCGGACAACGACAAUGAUUCUUAUGCUACAGAAAUUGGUCAUAGUUUUCGCUAUGCUGCUUUGAAUCUAGCUGGAGUACACUGUAGAUUUGGACACAUUGAUGAAGCAACAGCAGCUUUGAGAGAAGCCAUCACUAUGGCGCAAGAAGCUAAUGAUAACGUCUGUCUGCAACACGCAUUGGGUUUAUUAUGUCGCCUGCAGCAGGAGAGGGGAGAUGAUUCUAGUUAUUUGUUGGAGAGAUCAGCAACCAGAGCAAGAGAAUUAAACUUAGCUUACUUGACCUCGUUAGGUAUACAGAAUUAUAUCAAAGAAAAAUGUCUAAGCGGUGCCGACCCAGCCAGUGAGAUGUCUCGUCUGUGUUCUCAAAUAUUAUUGAACAUGAACCAUAGUUACUCUAGUAGCCUUGGUAGGUCAAGUUCACCUGUGGAUAGUGAGGCUGUUUGUGUGGUUCUCUGUCAUCUCUCUAAACUCCAUGCUGAACAAGGAUAUUACAAUGCUGCUUUGGAUGUUAUUAACUACAUGAAGAAAACAUAUCCCAGUCAUUCUCAAUAUUCUAAGCUAUGGAUGAUGGUAGAACAACAGAUAUCUUUUACCAGGGCAAUACAUCAUGCAAAGUGGACUGCAGCUGAACAAGCUGUUCUUAAUAUCGUCUCAAUUGAUGAGGUAGAAGCCCUCUACAGAAAGUGUAUUGUAUUGAGGAUGAAAGGAGAAACUUCAGAAGCAUACAAAUUAUUGAAUGAAAUGUUGAUACACUGUCAACAUAGGAAGAAAGGAUAUACUGCUGAACACCAUACACG